AAACAUGUGGAAAGCCAAUAUGUUCCUCUGCAUGUUCUUGUUUUCAUGGAUAUCUGUCGUAACAGGAUCAGUGUCAUAUGACAGCAAAACUAUUCUUAUUAAUGGUAAAAGAAGGAUACUACUGUCAGGGUCCAUUCACUAUCCAAGAAGCACUCCCGAGAUGUGGCCUGAUCUCAUUCAAAAGGCCAAGGAUGGAGGUUUAGAUGUUAUUGAAACUUACGUGUUUUGGAACGGGCACGAGCCUUCUCCGGGAAAAUAUUAUUUUGAGGGGAGAUAUGAUCUGAUCCAAUUCAUCAAACUAGUCCAAAAAGCCGGUCUUUACGUUCAUCUCCGGAUUGGUCCCUUUGUUUGUGCUGAAUGGAACUUCGGGGGAUUUCCUGUCUGGCUGAAAUACGUGCCAGGCAUCGUGUUUAGACAAGACAAUGAACAAUUCAAGGUGGCAAUGGGAGGAUUUACACAGAAGAUUGUCAGCAUGAUGAAAGCAGAAAAUUUGUUUGAACCUCAAGGAGGACCAAUAAUUUUGGCUCAGAUAGAGAACGAAUAUGAACUCGUGGAGUUUGAGAUUGGUAAAAGUGGAAAAGACUACGCAGAAUGGGCAGCAAAAAUGGCAGUAGGUCUCAACACUUCUGUACCAUGGGUCAUGUGCAAACAAGAGGAUGCCCUUGAUCCAAUUAUAAACACUUGCAAUGGGUUUUACUGUGAAAAUUUCACUCCUAAUAAGAACUACAAACCAAAAAUGUGGACAGAAGUCUGGAGUGGAUGGUUAUUGGAGUUUGGUGGAGCAUUGCCUUAUAGACCAGUAGAGGACCUUGCAUUUGCAGUUGCAAGGUUUAUACAGAACAACGGUACAUUUGUAAACUAUUAUAUGUAUCAUGGAGGAACAAAUUUUGGGAGGACAUCUGGUAGAUUUAUCGCUACCAGUUAUGAUUACGAUGCUCCAAUUGAUGAAUAUGGGCUGGUUAGGGAACCAAAAUGGAGCCAUUUAAGAGAUUUGCAUAAAGCCAUCAAGCUUUGUGAACCGGCGUUAGUCUCUGUGAACCCCACAGUCACAUCACUUGGGAAAAAUCAAGAGGCUCAUGUUUUCGAAUCGGGGUCAAAUACUUGUGCUGCAUUCCUAGCAAACUAUGAUCAAGAAAACUCUGCGACCGUGACCUUCAGAAAUAUGCAAUAUGAUCUCCUUCCAUGGUCUGUUAGCAUUCUACCUGACUGCAAGAAUGCAAUCUUCAACACUGCAAAGGUUUCUGCUCCUAACUUUCAUAUGGGGAUGGUGCCUGUGAAUGGUGUGACAUUCUCUUGGCAAUCAUACACUGAAGCUGCUGCCUCCGUGGGUGAUAAGAAAUCAUUUACUGCUGGUGGUUUAAAGGAGCAAUUGAAUUCAACUUGGGAUAAUUCAGACUAUUUAUGGUACAUGACAGAUGUCAAUAUAGAAGCCAAUGAAGGAUUUCUGAAGAAUGGGCAGCUUCCAAUCCUCACAGUUGAAUCUGCGGGCCAUGCUCUAGGUGUUUUCAUCAAUGGUCAAUUAUCAGGAACUGCUUAUGGGAACUUGAAGAACCCAAAUUUAAAAUUUAUUGACAAAGUGAACCUCAGAGCUGGAACUAACAAGAUUUCUUUGCUGAGUUCUGCAGUUGGACUUCCGAAUGUUGGAAAGCAUUUUGAACAAUGGAACAUUGGAAUUCUUGGUCCCGUCACAUUGAAAGGCCUUAAUUCAGGGAUUUGGGACAUGUCUAGAUGGACAUGGUCUUACAAGAUUGGUGUGGAAGGUGAAGCUUUGAGUCUCUACACAGCCAAAGGAAGCUCCUCGGUCAAGUGGGUAGAUGGACCAGCAUUAGCAAUAAAGAAGCCCUUAACAUGGUACAAGGCAACUUUUGGUUCACCACAAGGCAAUGAUCCAUUAGCUCUGGAUAUGAAAACCAUGGGGAAAGGUGAAAUCUGGAUUAAUGGAAAUAGCAUAGGCCGUCAUUGGCCUGCCAAUAAGGCAUUUGGUACCUGUAAUCAAUGUAAUUACGCCGGAUUUUUUAACGAGAAUAAAUGUCUAUAUGGUUGUGGACAGCCUUCUCAAAGAUGGUAUCACGUUCCACGCUCUUGGCUAUAUCCAACAGGGAACUUGCUGGUUGUUUUCGAAGGAUGGGGUGGUGAUCCAACGGGUAUCUCUUUGGUCAGAAGAACAAAGUGAAUCAAGCUUUCGUCUUGUAAGAAGUUACAGUUGUAAACUGUAAAGCAAGAAAGUAAUAAUUUGCAACUCAAUAGAAAAAUAAAGCAGCACAAUUUCACAU